AUGGACCACAUGUCUCCCAGGCUGAGAGCCUUCCUCUCUGAACCCAUUGGAGAAAAGGAUGUUGCCUGGGUAGACGGGGUCAGCUGUGAGCUUGCAAUCAAUCUGUGCACCAAAGGUUUCAACAAGGCCUACAUGCUGUUGGGACAGUUCCUUCUGAUGCACAAGAACGAAGCCGAGUUUCAGAAGUGGCUCAUUUGCUGCUGCGGUGCCACCGAGUAUGAGGCCCAGGAGACCUCAAACUGCCUGAAGGAGUGGUGCUCCUGCUUCCUGUAG